CGGGGGGCGGGGGCGGCGGUCGCGGGAGGAAGCCGGCGGGGGCGGGAGCGCCCAGCACGCCCCGCGCGCCACAGAGCCCCGCUCCAUGCGGACCCGCCGGCGGGAGGGCGCCACGCACGUCGCCGCAGCGGCCGUCCCCGCGGGCGGGGACCGAGCCCGCCGCCGAGCCGCCGAGCGCUCGCGCCGGGAGCCCUGACUCUAUGGCCCGGGGGGAGCUCGCCGGAGUCUCCGCGCCGCCCACCAGCAGCGGGAACCCAAGCGCCAGCCCGAGGAACGGGGGAGCCCCGGGCGCCGCCGCCGGCCCCGGCCCAGGGGCUCGUCCGCGGCCCCCGGCCCCGCCGCGGGGAAUGGCAGGCAGGUAGCCGGCUCGCGCGAGGACCCCCGCGGCGGGCAGGAGCUGCCGAGGACGGCGCGGCCCCGAGAGAGGGAGGAGAGCGGCGGCCCGCCCGCCCCCGGCCGCAGCCCCGGCAGAGCCCUCCCCCGGCGGCGCGCGCCCGCGCGCGCACACAUUCGCACACAGUACCUCCGCUCCUGCCCGGCCUCUCCUGCCCCCCGCGAGCGCCGAACCCCCUGGGGCCGGAUGCCAUGGGUAACAACUUCUCCAGUAUCCCCUCUCUGCCCCGAGGAAACACGAGCCGGGCGCCGCGGGGCCACCCCCAAACCCUCAAAGACUCCAUCGGGGGCCCCUUCCCUGUCACCUCUCACCGACGCCACCACAAGCAGGAGCACUGUGCUCCGGGACCACCUGGCGGGGGGCUCCCAGCCACACCACUGCUCUUCCACCCGCACACCAAGGGCUCCCAGAUCCUCAUGGACCUCAGCCACAAGGCCGUCAAGAGGCAGGCCAGCUUCUGCAAUGCCAUCACCUUCAGCAACCGCCCGGUCCUCAUCUACGAGCAAGUCAGGCUGAAGAUCACCAAGAAGCAGUGCUGCUGGAGCGGGGCGCUGCGGCUGGGCUUCACGAGCAAGGACCCGUCCCGCAUCCACCCUGACUCGCUGCCCAAGUACGCCUGCCCCGACCUGGUGUCCCAGAGCGGCUUCUGGGCCAAGGCGCUGCCCGAGGAGUUUGCCAACGAGGGCAACAUCAUCGCUUUCUGGGUGGACAAGAAGGGCCGCGUAUUCUACCGCAUCAACGACUCAGCUGCCAUGCUCUUCUUCAACGGGGUCCGCACGGCCGACCCGCUCUGGGCCCUGGUGGACGUCUACGGCCUCACGCGGGGCGUCCAGCUGCUCGACAGCGAGUUGGUGCUCCCGGACUGCCUGAGGCCGCGCUCCUUCACCGCCCUGAGGCGGCCGUCCCUGCGGCGCGACGCCGACGAGGCGCGCCUCUCCGUGAGCCUGUGCGACCUCAAUGUGCCGGGAGCCGAGGGCGACGAGGCCGCGCCGGCCGCUGGCUGCCCCAUCCCGCAGAACUCGCUCAACUCGCAGCACAGCCGCGCGCUGCCCGCGCAGCUCGACGGCGACCUGCGCUUCCACGCGCUGCGCGCCGGGGCGCACGUGCGGAUCCUGGACGAGCAGACCGUGGCGCGCCUGGAGCACGGGCGCGACGAGCGCGCGCUCGUCUUCACCAGCAGGCCCGUGCGCGUGGCCGAAACCAUCUUCAUCAAGGUCACGCGCUCCGGCGGCGCGCGGCCCGGGGCGCUCUCCUUCGGCGUCACCACGUGCGACCCCGGCAAGCUGCGGCCCGCGGACCUGCCCUUCAGCCCCGAGGCCCUGGCGGACCGCAAGGAGUUCUGGGCCGUGUGCCGCGUGCCCGGGCCCCUGCACAGCGGCGACAUCUUGGGCCUGGUGGUCAACGCCGACGGCGAGCUGCACCUCAGCCAUAACGGCGCCGCGGCGGGCAUGCAGCUGUGCGUGGACGCCACGCAGCCGCUCUGGAUGCUCUUCGGCCUGCACGGAGCCGUCACGCAGAUCCGCAUCCUCGGCUCCACGAUCUUGGCAGAGCGGGGCAUCCCAUCACUCUCCUGCUCCCCUGCCUCCACACCAACCUCUCCCAGCGCCCUGGGCAGCCGCCUCUCCGACCCCUUACUCAGCACGUGCAGCUCGGGACCGCUGGGGAGCUCUGCGGGCGGGACGGCCCCCAACUCUCCAGUGAGCCUGCCUGAAUCUCCAGUGACCCCAGGCACAGGACAGUGGAGCGAUGAGUGCACCAUUUGCUAUGAGCACGCCGUGGACACGGUCAUCUACACGUGUGGCCACAUGUGCCUCUGCUAUGCCUGUGGCCUGCGCCUCAAAAAGGCCCUGCACGCCUGCUGCCCCAUCUGCCGCCGCCCCAUCAAGGACAUUAUCAAGACCUACCGCAGCUCCUAGCCCCAUGUGGCGCCCCAGCCUGCACGCCUGCCUCCGCAGGCUUUGGCCCCACUCCAGCCAAGAGGCAAGCCCACAGGGCCCCUUCUCUUCUUCCGCAUUUUGGAAACUCUUCCCUUCUUCAUUAAACAUGGGAAACUGAGGCCCUCAAAGUUUUGGGGAGAAAGGGAGUAUCAGGCAGGGAGGUGAGGGGCAGAAACAAAUUGCCCAGCAGAGAGGAGGGGAGGAGUCUGCUCUCUUCCUGUCUUUCCUUUCUCUGCACCCACUCUACCCUGCAUGCCGAGGGGCUAAACGGGGGUCUCAGCCUCUCCUAAUCCUUCCCCAUCUGGGGCAGAUUUCUAGGAAGUCCUCUAGUCCAUGUAAGAAUUAGAAAACAUGUCCCUUCCUCUGGGCAGAUGUGUCCCUGAGCUAGGGCCUUCGGAGUAUGGCCUGGACGUCAGUCUCCAUUUGUUCUCUCAGCCAGCUGUCCUUGAGCAGUGUACAACCUGCUUGACAGCAGCCCCAGGCAGGUAGCCCGAGCUGCUGCCUUACUCUCUGACCUGUACCCACCUUCUUCCUCUCUCCCUUGCCCCUCAGGCCUGAUGGCCAGGGUACGGCCGGCAGAUACCUCUCACCCUGGGCAGGCUGAAGCCCCUGUGCUAUGCCCCUCUCCCACUCACCGAGGGUGGGUGGAUGGACAGGCCUGGGUCUCUGACCUUGUGCCCUGGCUGAGAUGCAGAAGGGCCCUUCCUGGACGUAGCCUUUCUGCCCCGGUCAUCUCGUCAGAUGCUGCCACCCAGGGACAGCUUCGCUGUAGGCUGGAGAGCAGCGUCCGUCUUCUGGAAGGUUCUCUAAGAGUAGGUUUGCUUUUGCCCUCUGAGACCUGUCCUCCCGGAUCUCAGUGCUGUCCUGGGCCUGGCUGCUACUCAGCCUGUAGUAUCCCCAGGUGAGGCCAGGACCCUGGAGUGGGGGUGGGGUACCCUGGGGGUAACACCAGCCUUUUUUCUUAUUUUUAUUUAUUUAUUUAUUUGGUUUGUGGGUUGUUUUUUGGGGGGGUAUGAUUGAGUUGCCAAUCCCCUGGGGCCCCUAGAAAUGCUGCCCUGGUGUGCAGAGUGCCUGGCGAGAAAGGGCUGCAGAGGUAGCUCUCAGAAUCUUCUCUAGGCUCCAGCCCCAAGUCCAUAGCCAUUUCUGCUUGCCAUGAAUUAGAACUCCAUAAAAACAGGCUGAAUUGGGAGGACUCCUGUCCAAGUGUGUCUAUUUUACAGAGAUAAACUGAGCUUCCUUAGUGUCCUAAGGCUGGUGGAUCUCCCAGAGCCUCAAAGUGCCCUUCCUCUCUGGGCUGCAGCGGGGUCAUCAGAGUUGGCUCAGCUACAUCAGGAGGCCCAGGAGCUCCCCCUUCCACAAGGAGGUACGCAGUUCUGGCAAGGCUGAAGGAGGGGAGCCGAGCUUGGGUCAGGGAAUGGGGCUGGGAGGGCCUGCUCGCAGUAGGGGUUGGGGAGUCUGUUUUUAGUAAGGCUCUUUACCCUCAGGAAAGAUGAGGAGGGAAGGGGCCAGGUCCCGGCCCCUUUGGGUUAUUUCUGGUUCUGGGGUGGCAUGCCCCCCCCAACCCCUGCUCUUAGACUAGUUGUCCCACCUCACCAGCUCUACCCAAUAGACCGUGGGCUGGCACCUGCUCCCACACUCUUGGCCUAGUUUCCCCCCAGCCUCCCAACCCUCUGCCCCCUCUGACGGCUUUUCAUGCCCAUCAGAGACCGCUGCUUCUGUGGCUGGCAGAGUGUGGGAUUCGGAUUCUAGACCUGGCCACUGGGCAGCGGGGUGGUCCUGGCCGAGUCAGAGUCCUCAGCCUCAGCAGGCACCUCUGUAAAAUGAUUGGGGAGGAGAGCAGACUUUCCGUGGGACUCUUGGGACUUCUUUGGUGAGGGGCUGCUGUGGGGUGUUAGGUGGGAUAGCACUGGGGGGUCAGAACGCCAGCCUGGGCCUUUGACUGCCCCUGCCUUGCAGUGGGCCUCCAGGAAGUCAUGGUUCCACUGUGGGUCUCCACUUCCCAGUCACUGACCCUGGAGACCCCCUCCAUGGGAGUCGAGGGUGGGGUGGGCCAGGUGGUGGCCGUGUCCCACCAGGAGUCUCCUCUCAGAGGCAAGGGAAGGUCUUACGUGCAGGGGCUGUGUGGCCUGUGGUUUGGGGAGAGGAAGCCAUCUGUGUCACUGUCUCUGUUAGUGCUGGGAUAGUUGCUGCCUCCUUUGUGAAUUUGGGUCGCUGUGAUUGUGAAUAAAGGUGAUUUCGUACCAGCCUGA